ACUAGACAGCUCAAGAAACAUGAGGGUAUGCGCCAUUGUUGCCAUCUUCACAGUCUGCUGUCACUUGGUAAAUGCAUUUACUAUCACGGUUCCCAAGGACCUGUAUGAGGUAGAGUAUGGCAGCAAUGUCACACUGGAAUGCAGAUUCCCAGUAACACACCGGCUGGAACUGCUUUCGUUAGUUGUCUACUGGGAAAAGUACGACAAUCCAGUUAUUCAGUUUGUAGAUGGAAAGACAGACCUGAAGCAGCAACACUUAAUGGGGAGAUUCUGGUUGCCAAAGGAGCAAAUUUUAAUGGGAAAUGCUGGGCUUCAGAUCACAAAUGUGAAACUCCUGGAUGCAGGUAUUUACUGUUGCAUGAUCAGCUACGGUGGAGCAGACUACAAGCGGAUCACGCUGAAAGUCAAUGCCCCAUACCGAAAAAUCAACCACAGAAUUUCCAUGGAUCCAGUCACAUCCGAGUAUGAACUAACAUGUCAGGCUGAGGGCUACCCAGAAGCUGAAGUCAUCUGGACAAACAGUGACAAACAAACCCUGAUUGGCAAUACUACUGUCACCACCUCCCAGACAGAGGAGACUCUUUUCAAUGUGACCAGCACUCUGAGGAUCAACGCGACAACUAAUGAUGUUUUCUACUGUACUUUUUGGAGAUUACAGUCGGGGGAAAACCACACAGCUGAGUUGAUCAUCCCAGAACCACCUGCAGAAUUUCUCCCAAAUAAGAGGACUCACUGGGUACUUCUGGGAUUGCUACUGCUGUUUCUGGUAGCAUCCAUAGUCAUCAUCUUCUGCAUAAGAAAACAAGUGAGAACUCUAGACGUGGAAAAAUGUGACACCGAAGAUACAAACUCAAAACUCCAAAAUGAUAUGCAGUUCGAGGAGACGUAAGCAGAGCUGAGGACUCAGAUCAUCAAGGCGGGAUUGCCAGUCUGUGGGCUGUGGAGGAAGGGAUCCUUGACAUGUGGGGCCAAGGACUCAAAAUGGAACCUGGGAAGAGAAAAGAACAAAGAAAGUAUUGGAAGGGGAGCCUGGCACAAAGGACAUUUCUUCAGGAGACACCAAUCAGCAAGUUGUCCAUCUUGGAAAAGUGGCUUGAGAAUCCCCGACUUAACAUCUGGUCCUUGAAGAAGUGCCCUUUUCCUCCACUCAGUGCCUGGAUGGGAGAUGGAGAGUCGCAAGUGUUGAAGUGUGCGUGUUUUCUAUUUAUUUCGAGUGUGUGUGUGUACGUGUGUGUGCUUGUCGUGGGAGUGUAGUUGUGACUGAUGCAUUCUGAAGCCAUAAUAGAUGUUAAAAUGUAGUCACCAAACUCAACUGCUGCUGAUCACCUUGUCCAUAGGCUAGAAAGCAUGCACAUCUGCUAGGUACUUGGUGUCCUCUGUAACUACUGGUACAACCAGGACACACGGAGGACCCAAGAUUGGUUUGACAGGGCUCUUGCUGUUUGAGUGGAGUAAUCUUUAUUCUCAGUCCUCGAGGCUUGGUGGUAGUAGCUGUUCCGUUUAAGUGUCAGCUUCACAAGUACAAUCUCAUUUCAUCUCCAUAGUAACCCUCAUGUUAAUCUCUAUUAUAUUCACUUCACAGCCCAAGAAGUUGAGCAGUUAAGUAGCUUGCCCAUGGAACAACAGCUAUCAGAUCUCUUUCAGCCACUGUCCUUUGAGGAUACAAUUUGUAGCUAAGAAAUGAAUUUUAAAAAACGGCUUAUUAAGAAGCAUUGCAUAUCACACCAUGCCUCUUGUACUGUGCUGGCCCUUGAGCAUAGAUAUGUAAGCCAGAGUACUGGCUGGCUAUGCUUAUGCAUGUUCAAUACUCAAAGCAAUGCUCAUUAGCAAGAAGUCUAUAUUUAAAAGACUCUGGAAAGUAACUCUUGAGUUCCUUGUCUAACAUUAUAUUUAUCCCUGAUUUGUUAUCUUUGUCAUACAAUAUCAUGUCCUCCAUAUAAUAUCUAGUAUUGUUUAAAAGUUCUUUUUUUUAAAUCUUUCUAUCUAGAUAAUAUUGAGGGCUGGAGAGAUAGCUCAGCUGUAAAAUACUUUCCUCAUGAUAUGAAAUCCUGAGUUUGUUCCCCAGAACCCACAUAAAAAACAGUUGGGUGUGUCUGCAUGCUUUCGAUCCUAGUGCCAGGCAGGCAGAGGCAGGCAGAUCCCUAAUCUCCUUGGCUAGCUGGCCUAACCUGCUUGGUAAGCUCUGCCUUAUAAGAGCUGCUAUCUCAAAAAAAAAAAAAAAAUGAUGUAGACAGUGCCUGAGAAAUGAUGCCUACACAC